AUGGACCAACAUAGCAACAUUUCAGAAGCAGAUUCUGAUAACAAGAAAAGAAACAAUUCUAUCCACCUUCUUGCACAAAUAUUUUCAGAUUAUUUAGAGUUGAAGGAGCUUCUUAGAAUCCGCGGCGUUUGCAAGGAUUGGAAAUACGCUUCCACCGAAGCAUUGGCUCGUCUUGAAAUUGAAACCUUUCAAGACGAGCCAUGGUUUCUUAUGUAUGGCGAAGGUUCUACGUGUUCGUUGCUAAGCAACGAGGAUAAGUUGUAUACAUUGAACAUCCCAGAAUUCGAUGGAGCAACCUGCGUUGCCUCGAAUUCGGGGUGGCUGCUUCUGUUUCGCGAAGGCUCGAUUUUCUUCCUUUGCCCGUUCUCCAGAGCAAGGAUUGAUCUUCCAAAUUUUCCAUUACCGGAACUAAUAGAUUGCUCUGAAUAUGUUGCUGCAUUUUCGUCGGCUCCGACUAGUGAAGAUUGCACGGUGGCUGUGAUUAACCGAUGGCAUGAAAUCGCUUUGCAGUUACAUCUUCUUCGCCGCAGCGACCAACGUUGGAGAGUGUAUGAAUGUCUUUGUACAAUAGGAGAUUUGAGUACAAUAAAGUUUGCUACUUAUAAGGAAGGAGCUUUUCAAAUAUUAGAUGGUUUUAAUGGGUCAGUUACCUUUGAUGCUAGAACCAAAAGAUGGAGAAAACUGUUGGAAUAAAUUAAUUUCAAUAACCCAAAUCAUCCACGUUGAAUCAUCAAAAAUAUAUCAUAUUAUAAUGCGGAAGCGUAC